UGUAAAUAAUAAUUUAUUAGAUAUGGACGCUAGAGCAAAUGCCAAAGCAGCAGCUAUUAGAAGAACUGGAGGUAAAGGACAAAAGAAGCCAUCUAGCAAAACUGGAGGAGCCGAGAACUUUGCUUUCUUCUCAGGAAGUUCAAAUGGAUUUGAAGUAUCUCCAAAAGCAGUCCUAGUUAUCUCUUUACUCUAUAUUGGAAUUGUGGUGCUUCUCCAUAUCUUUGGUAAGGUCAGCAGCAGCGCUACUGCCUCUUCUUAAUCAGAUUAUUCUUAUAAAGUUAAAU